AUGUCGACCGUCACCCUAAGCUCUCCCCCGGUCUCUACGCAAGUAGAGAGCUCAUCGGGAAAUGCUGGCAACCCUGUCCAAGAAAAGCGACACCUAAGGGUCGACGAUACUUUCAUGGACCGUCUUUCAAGCAUCGACGGAUCCGCCUCGACCAUUGGGCGAGGUGCUCCCAUGCAAGGUAUCCCAACUUUUUCCAAUCCAUAUGACGAGCGGAAAUGGGCCCUGGAACGCAUGGCCGGUGCCUUCAGAAUAAUGGCGCGAAAGGGCUAUGGUGAAGGGACUGCAGGUCAUAUAAGUAUUCGAGAUCCGGUCGAUCCUGACACUUUUUGGAUUAACCCUCUUGCCCGUCACUUUGGUCUCAUGAAAGUGAGCGACAUGGUUCAAGUCGACAUGAAGGGCGAGAUCAUCGGUGGAAACAGAGCUGCCAUCAACACCGCCGGCUUUAGUAUCCACUCCGCUCUUCACGAUGCUCGCUCCGAUGUUAAUGCGGCCUGCCAUUUCCACAGUGCUCAUGGAAAGGCCUGGUCCUGCUUCGGACGGCCUCUAGAAAUGCUGAAUCAAGAUGCAUGCAUAUUCUACAAGGACCACGCGGUCUACGACAUGUUUGGUGGGAUUGCCCUCGAGGCAGAUGAGGGGUUAAGAAUUGCUGCUGCCCUUGAUGACAAACGAUGCGCCAUCCUGAAGAACCAUGGUCUAUUGACAACAGGCAGAACUGUUGAUGAAGCUGCUUACCUGUUCACUCUAAUGGAAAACACCUGCCGAGUGCAGCUUCUGGCGGAGGCUGCGGCUGCUUCGGGUAUUGAAAAAAGCAUUGUCCCGGACAAGGAGGCCGAGUAUACUUAUAAGCACUCGACACCUGAAGCUAUGUGGCUGGAGUUUCAACCUGAUUACGAGUACGAGCUAGCUGUCUCGGAAGGGGACUUCCUGAGAUAG